UGCUCUGAUCUGAUCUACUCUUCUCUGCUCUACUCUGCUCUGCAACACCACCAGCAACGUGCCAUAGAUAAAAUACUCACAAGAUGCUAUUUUGAGUUUUCUUAUUUUCCUUUUUCAGUGGGAAAAGAAAAUUAAAUUAAAUCGGUCGAUGAUCGGAAACAUAGAAGGCUUUUCCGUUCAAGUCUAGUAAACAAAUAAACUCAAUCGAGCGUUGGAAUUUUAUUCCCAUUGUGUCAACUUAUUGUCAAAAAAGAAGAAAAACAAAACAAAUUUUAAUUAAAAAAAAAAAAAAAAAAAAAAAAAAUCUAACAAAUAAUUCAAAAGCAACAAAACAUUUAAACGAGUUCACAUACGAAAAACUUGUGCUUUCUAACGGACGCGCGCCGCGAAAGGGGCAUUCUCUAAAUCGCAAUCGCAACCAAAUCAAUUGCCCCAAUAGCGUUUGAUUUGCUAAGUGUGUGAGCCCGUAAUGAAUUUCAUUUCAAAACUGAUAGCACGACCAAAGAGUCUUAUUGUGAGUUCAGACGAAAUGGAGCAGACAUCAUCGGAAGUAGUAUCACCGUCGACGCCGAUUACAACAGCAACUCCUUCUUCAGCACUAGAAACAACCAUUGAAGAACUUCUUGUACAGAUCAACGACAAUCUUACGAAUCAGACGAGUGUAGCAUUAUCGGCGAGCAAUCAAAAACAGUUGGUAACAAAAGUAACAACACCAAAUAGUAAACAUCAACAGGAUUUUAAACAAGUUUCUGUUGCUAAUCAUGUUGGUUUCAAUCGAAGUAAUGAAGCUCUAAGUGAAAAUCUUUGUAACAAUUCUGAGAAGAGAAUCAUUGGGUUUGCUGGUAGUAAAGAAGCAUCGUUAGACUCAGUCUCAAUUGAUCUUCCCGUUACUAUUUUAAAGCCUUUCAAGACUAAUGGUCAAUCAGAGUCCUCUCUUGAAGACAGUCUUGUUUCCUCACUUGCAGCAAAUUUAGGCUCAACACUUAGCAUUUCAACGCCUGAAUUCAGUCGAUCUAAAUCGCUAUCAGUACCGCUUGAAUCCGAAUCAUCGAGUAGCCAUGUAUCCUCAGACAAUGAAACCUACGUUGAAUGUCGCUCAUUUUCCCCCAGCGAAGAAUCGAAUCGUUUUACAAGUGCCCUUGACUUAGUAUCUAUUGCAGAUCCAUCACUUGGAUGGGAGGAUUUAGUAACAUCCGUAACAGAAAUGGAUAUGGAUAGUCUAGAAAAUACUAAUGAACAGUUGGAUGCUCAAUUAGAUAUGACACCGACUGAUACUUCAAAUUUGGGUGUUCUUAAUUUAGCAGAAGCUAAAACUGAACCAAGCAUCAUAAUUUCACAAGAAGCUGAUGUUAAUGUCUCCAAAUCCUUCGAACAUAGAAACAACGAACAGAACGAAGAUAAUGCACAUCUUGAUUUAACCACUUGCAUAUUGCCAGAGGCAGUGGCAAAUUUAAUAGAAAACGUAGAUGCCAAUUCAUGCGACAAUACUAACAAUGAUCUUGAAAAAUGUCAAGAACUUCAAAUAGUCCCAACAACCAUCGAUGAUCUUAGUCGGUCGUCAACAGAGUUGAGCCAAGUCAUUGCAGAAAAUGAUGUAGACUAUUCUAAUAAUGUUACCCUGGAAGCGGACAAGGCAUUUUCUUCACAAAAUAAAUCAGUCAGCCUAGCGGAUAUUAUAAGUGAUUCAAAUACAAAUAAUAGUAUUGUACUUUCAUGGGCUACAGUUGAACAGACUGUAGAAAAACUAACCGCAAGUAAUUCACCUGAAAAAGAAGCUAACGAAACACCAUUAAUAUUAAAUUUGUCUCGGUCUCCUGCAUCGGAUGCUGUUAAAAAUGAAGAAAAUUCAAGUUUUGAGAACCAAUUAAAUAAAACACAAGAUUUUAUACACACAUCUUCCCAGAACGGAGAUGUUGGAGGAGCAGAAACACAAAAUACAAGCGAAGAAGUUACUGGUUCACUAAAUCUCCAAAAAGAUAACUUUGAUGAAACAUCUGCAAACAGAAAUGAAACUGAAUUCAAUCAAACUAUCCCAAUGGGUUGUUCUUCAUCUUCCCAGGAGAUAGAUGAAUUCAAUCCUGACCUACCUUUGCCUCAAACACCAUCUAGUCAACUCAGUCUGAACUUACAAUUUCCCAUAAAAUCUACACAAAAUAAAAGCUCCUUCCCCAAAUCCCCAACCAACGAUAGUCCUGAGUUUUCUACUAAAAUUGACCAACCACAAAAUAAGUCUCAAACAUCCAGUGAUGUUAUAUCCGAAGAAAAUUCUCAUCUCAAUAAAACUAUAGACAUUUCAAAAACAAGUCCUAAUAGAACUCAAACUAGUCCAUCACGUGAAGUCUAUGGUAAUAAUUCAUCUAAUGUGCCAACAAUCCCAGAUCAUUUAAGUUCGCCCACUACCAUUACAAAUAUGUACGAGAAUAAUACUAUGGAUAGUACAUUUAAUACCAAUGAUGAAAUUCCCAGUGGGCCACACAAAGUAAAAACUGCUCCUUUCCUUGAUCAAACAUUCGAUGGGAGAGGUUCGAAUGUAGAAAAACCUCAAUUAAACAUGUCACCUAAAGAUGUUAAUAAUGAGACAAUUGUUAUGGAUAAUCUUCAAACGGUAGGUAACGAAACGGUGACUUUUGAACCAAUGGACGUAGACACAACUAUACCAAUCCAUAAUGAUACCAUUUCCUAUCCAACUGAUGCUGCUCUACCAUCUACACAAUCAAGUGAAUCUUUAAGCGAAAAAGAGAAAUGCGAUACAAUUAAUGAAAAAGAUGUGUUAGUUGAAAAUUUUGGAAAUAACUAUCAACAGGAUAUUGAUGAUAUGUUUAAGUUACCAAAAUGUUUGGGCUUUUCUGGACCUAAUACUAACCAGCCGUCCGAUUUAGCUGCCGAUGAAGAUUUUCAGCAGUCAAAUCGAAUUUUUCUUAAUCCAUCCGACUUUGAUUAUUUACUAACCAAAGGCACUGGCAAUGGUGUGGAAGGCGAUCGAAGUUCAUUGCUAUUGAGAUUCGACCCACUAUUGGGUCAUUCAGUGCCUGUUAAUCUACCGGUGAAAGCAGGUUCUUCUACACUAUCAUCAUCAUCAGCAGCAGCAACAGCAGCAUCAUUAUCUGCAGCCUCUUCGUCAUCGUGGUCAAGUGAUAGGCAACUUCAGCAGGAAUUCAACAUUCAAAAUCGCCUAAGUCCAGCAAAUGAAGAGGAAGAACAUUUUUAUGAUAGCAAUAGAUCAUUUCAACUGGAGAACGGGUUAAUUCAAGCUAAACAAGCAGAAGAACCAAAACCAAUUAUUGAGGAACGAAGACAACAAAAACAGCAGAAACCCAUUCAACUCACAGCAAGGAGCAUUAAAAACUGUGCACAGAUUUCUUCUCAAGAACGGGUAAGCCGAUUUCCAUGCUGUUUGUUUUGUUGUUUUAGGAAGAAGAAUGUCAAAAUGAGUGUCGACGUGAUGCAGGACAUGAAAAUUGAAAACGAUACCAAAUCCAUCGAAGAAAUUGACACACAAUCUGAUAAAAAACAAAAUUUCAAAAUGGAUGAACUAGAGAAGAAAAUCAAAAAUGAAGUUCUCAAAACAGAGGAUAUCGAAAAAAAACUGAAAGAAGCUGAACAACGUGAAGAAGCAUUAAUCAAAAGGAUAACAGAAAAAGAUAAAGCAAUUGCCAAAAUGAAUGGUGUGAUUGAAGCAUAUGAAAAAGCCAUCGCUGAACUUAUAUCAGAAAAAGAACAUAUAUUACAGAAUUACGAGAAACAACUAACAGAAGUUAAAGCUGAUCGGGAUUCUAAUUAUCAUCAUUUAACCUCUUUAGAAACAACUUUUUCUGAUUUGCAUGUAAAAUAUGAAAAGAGCAAGGAAAUGACAGCUCAACUUAAAAGUAGUGAAGAAGCAUUACUGGCUGAAAAACGACAAAAUCUGGAAAACCUUAGGUUACAGGAACAGCGGUACGAAAAAAUGAAAAAUCAUGCCAUGCAGCAAUUGGAAAUUGCGAAUAAAAAACUCGAAUCCUUAACAAAAAAUCACACAAUGGAAAUUACAAAACUGAAAGCACUUCUAAAAAAAGAAGAAAUUUCAAGGGCCUCCAUGACCGAGCAAUUACAACAAAAAACCCGAGAGAACGAGGAACUUGUUAAAAUAUGUGAUGAACUUAUCAAUGGCCAAGGAAGUUAAAGUCGUUUAGUGUUUUAACUUUCUCUCAAAUUUGUUUUCCACUUAAGUUUACAAAUCAAAAAAAAAACAAACAAUACAAAAACAGUACUUCUUUUUCUUGUUUCUUGUCGUGUCUAAUAUUAAUUUAAAUAUAAUAAUUGUUUAUAAUGUUUUA